AAAAACAACUAUCUGUUUCUUUCGCCUAUUCAGAUGGUUUGGAGCAGACUACAGACUCUGACAUAUAUAUUAGAUCAUUUCCUCCAUUGCCCCUAGCAUUAGAACCGGAACUUCAUCAACAGCGUUUUCGGAAGAACGGAGAAGGCGCCAAAAGGGGAGGCAAGAAGAGAGGAUCUGAAUACUAUCCUACAACGAAUAAAGGACAAUAUACACAAUAUAAAAGAGUGGGUUCCAUUGCCUUGCUCAACAGGAGCUUUGGUCAACAUCUAUUUAAUCAACUGCAUUUGGUCGAUUAUCCAGAUAGUCAACAAGUGUGCGAGAUUGACAACCCAUGGAAAUACACCUUUGCAGCGCACAUGCCUAAGCGAAGAAACAUCAUACUCAUAGCAAGUGCAAUUUUUAUCCUUGUUCUGGUUGCAGUAAUUGCUAUUUUACUCGGUGUCUUCAUCACCCAGAAACAUUAUGAAACAAUUGUACAAACAACAAUAAAACUUGCAAAUGGAGAAGAAAAUUCACUGGCUGCAACUCUUAACAAGAUGGAAAAUGUCGCAACAUUUUAUACUGAUGGAAAAAAUGGCUCAGCUACCAUGGUAUAUGACUACAACAAGUCUGUCAUUGGACUCAAAUCAACAAAUGAGGAUUACUGCCUAAUAAUCAAGAUGGAGCCAGGCAAAUUCCCUAGUCCAGAGGACAUUAUUAAUAAUAUGAAGAAAUCUCAGGAAGCUUCAGGAGAAACACAGCAGCUACACUUAUAUUCAACGGGAUCACAGGUGGUAGACCGCACUGUCCUCUGCCAAACUAUUAAUGUGCUAUGUCAGAAUGUUCCCAUCUAUUGGGCUCAACAGCGAAGAGAUGUGGGACGUGCAGGAGUCAAUGUGACACUAAACAUCGAUUUUGGCUCUGUAAAAGUUACUGUCAUUUUUUCUUUUUAAGAAGAUUCACUGCAACAAACUAACAUUAUACAUCCAACUGAUAGGGCUGAAUUAAUUAUUUCUUAAAAAUGAUUACUAUAAUAAUUAUAUUCUGAAAAUGCUAUUUGGAAUGACUAGCUUAAUCUUCAUCUUUGCAGACCCUUAUGAUUAUAAGUAUGAAAUAAAUAUUACUUCUAAUAAAUGCA